AUGAAUCAAGUUGCAUUUAUAUUGUGUUUUAUGACAUUUAUUAUUUGUUCAUUCACAUGUUUAUUUUCAUGUAUUAUAUUAAUUUGUGUUAUUCAUCAUCUUUAUCAUAAUCGUUUACAACAAGAAGAUCGAAUAACAUUUAUUCAUUGUAUUAAUAUUUAUUCAUUAGUUUUGGCGUAUAUUGGAAUAAUAGCAUCAUUUAAUAUUCAAACAGUUUUAGGAAAUUUAUAUGAAUAUGACUUUAAUACAUCAUGGUGUGUAGUUUUAGGAUAUCUAGCUCCUACUCUAGCGUGUAGCCUGUUUUGGGCUUUUGUGAAUCAGGCAUUCUUUCGUCUUUGUCGAGUUGUAUAUCCAACUGUGAGAAGACUUCAAUCAUAUCAAUUAUAUAUUAUUUUACCAUUCAUAGAACUAAUUUUCAGUUGUAUUUUAAUGAGUUUGAUUCUAUUUUUACAUUCUAUUAUUUAUCUUCCAACAGAUUAUUAUUGUUUUGUACCAUUUACUAAUGUGUAUAGUAUGUUUUGGCUUGUAUUAAAUAAUUACGGAAGUCCGGUAGGAGUGUUAUUGUUUAUUUAUAUCCGCAUUACAAUUUUUCUUCGUCGUCAAACAAAUACUCCAACACUUAUUGUUAAACAACGUCAACAUCCUGAUUUACUUGUGAUUCGACGUAUUCUUAUAACUGUUGGUUUCGUAAUAAGUUUGGGAAUACCUGCUAUGAUUUUUCUGGUGAUGUUUUUUAUUACAAAUGAACAAUAUCCUCUUACUUUUCCUUUUCUAUGUUUUUUUAUUAGUAUAUCAAUGCUAGGUUUAUGUUUAUUAACAAUUAUUUUUACACCACAACUAAAAAAGACUGUUGUCAAAAUUGUUCAACAGAAUCGCGUUACAUUCCUGAAUGACAGCUUCAUAGCUUCGAUUCCAACGAGACAAUGA